GAGAGUGUAGUGGCAGUGCUGCGGUUGUGUUAUGGUGGAGCAGUGAUGGUCUCUUGUGGCCGCCUUUGUAGUGUAAAAUGGUAGCAACGCGAGGGAAUACAGGAAACGAAAAUGAGAGGAAAAGUUCCUUACCUUCUCGUGAGUCGAGAAGGACAACGAAGGGAGCCAUGCAGGAGCCAGAAGACGAGCUUUUCUGGGAAAGUGAUGAUCAGCCGUCAAGAAGGAAUUCAAGUGUGACUUUCCAGGAUGCAGGCAACUCAAAUAGAUCACCAGCUGCUAUGAGAAAUCAGAGAACGCGAAACCUGGCCGUUUUGCUGUCUCGCACGCUAGCAGACAAAAAACUGAAGAGUUGGGCCAGGAAGAGACCUUCGUGUUUUUCCUGUGAAGAGGUACCCAGGCCUCAGCCCAGCAGAGAUUCUUCCUGUGUUAGAUCAAGUGUAAGGAGGCAGAAUAAUACUGUAACUAUUGAAGAUGACACGGACACUGAUGAUGAGAUCUUUCGGCGCACUCAGUCCCGCCGUACUCGUGGCCAGCGUUCCCGAGAUGCCAUGGCUAAGGAAUUUGUAAUGAAUGGGGACAAGACCCAUAUGCAGGGUAUGGAGGAAGGUCUGAGGCGCAGUUCAAGGAGGAGGACGUUCAGUAGUUUUGAUCAGUCAUGGUUGGUGGGAAAUAAGAAGUUGCGAGGCUACCCUUCCAUUGUUCCAAGCUCAGAGCCAGAAAAUGAAGAGCCUCGCCCUUCACGAAAAAAAUGCAAGUACUUGGAUAAAGAAGUGGAGCCUCGACGAAGGCAAAUGCAGCGUUUCAGCCAGAGGGAGAAACGAGAGUACAACCCACGAUCCCAGAAGACCACCAACUGCACUCGACGCCGUAGAGUCCCUCCUAGGAGAUACAGGGAUGAGCCUGAACACUCAGAGGAUGAGGAAGAAGACAGAAAUUUGCGGCCAAAGAAAGUGGAAGCACCUCAGGGAGAUCAUGAUGAUGAGGAUGAUGAUGAGGAGGAUGAUGAUGAUGAUGAUGAUGAUGAUGAUGAUGAUGAUGAUGAUGAUGAUGAGGAAGAGGAUGAAGAGAAAGAAAAAGAGAAAGCUGUACAAAAUUCUGAGGAACCUCCAAAAAGAUACAAGAGAGAAAAGCAAAUAUCUGUUAAAAAGGAGGAAAAUGAGGAAAAACCAGGUGAUGAUGGGGAGGAGCAAGCUGAAGAUUUGCUACAGAAAAGGCGAACCACACGCAGUUCCCUUUUGGCUUCACAACAGAAGAUUGAGGACACUGAGGAAGAUGAGGAUGAAGAUGACCCUUCACCAGUGAUCCACAGAAGUCCUAGGGGUAUGCGAGACCCAAUAAUGGCCAGCGCUGUGUCUGUCAAAGGCCCAUUUGAAGACAUGUAUUCUAAAGUGAAGAGACAGCGGAGGCCAGUGAAGCGCUUCAUGUACGAGGAUGAGGUGCCACAGAGAAGAACCAGGAAACGUGUUUCUUCUUCAGAUGAUAGUGACAGUGCAAAGGAGGGGGAUGAAGGGGAGGAAGAGGAAGAAGGAGAGGAAGAUCAGGCAGAUGGACAAAACAAGAGGUAUUCCCUCAGAAGAAACAGACGUGAAAACAGACCCUUUCAAAUGGAGGCAGCAGAAAGCUCUUCAAGGUCCCUUGAGUAUCAUGAAGAUACUCCUCCAAGGCGGAGGUGCAGGAACUUUAAACGUUACCUCACUUCCCCUGCCAGGAAGCAUACAUUCCAUCUCAAAAGAAUGGCAACUCAUCACACAUCCAGCAGCAGCAGCAGUUCAGAUGAGACCAAUUUUGAAAAAAGAAAGGCAAGAAGUAUGGCAAAAUCCCGUAAUCGUUGUCUUCCUAUGAAUUUGAACCCUGAAGACUUAAUGACGGGAACUUUAAGGGACAGGGCAAAAACUGGCUCUAGUUUAGCUGACAUUGACCCCAUGACUGUAGACCGUGAGGUGAUGUUUGAUGCAGUGGGUGGCCUAUCUCACCAUAUAAAGUCUCUGAAAGAGAUGAUCAUAUUUCCGCUGCUGUAUCCUGAAGUAUUUGAGAAGUUUCACAUCAACCCACCAAGAGGAGUACUUUUCUCUGGCCCACCAGGAACAGGUAAAACCUUAAUGGCCAGAGCCCUUGCCAAUGAGUGCAGCAUUGGUGGAAGAAAAGUGGCAUUUUUUAUGCGCAAGGGUGCAGACUGCCUAAGCAAAUGGGUAGGAGAGUCUGAGAGGCAGUUGAGACUCUUGUUUGAUCAGGCAUACCAGAUGCGACCUUCCAUAAUAUUCUUUGAUGAAAUUGAUGGCCUUGCACCUGUCCGUUCUUCACGACAAGAUCAGAUUCACUCCAGCAUUGUAUCCACCCUCCUAGCCCUCAUGGAUGGCUUGGACUCGCGUGGAGAAAUAGUGGUGAUUGGUGCCACCAACAGGAUAGAUGCCAUUGAUCCAGCACUCAGAAGGCCAGGAAGAUUUGACAGAGAAUUCCUUUUUUCUCUCCCUUCAAUGAAGGCCCGUCUUCAGAUUCUAAAAAUUCACACAAAGAAUUGGAACCCAGUUCCUAGCCAGCAGGUGAUGAGACACCUGGCAAUGCAGACAGCAGGUUACUGUGGUGCAGAUCUCAAGGCUCUCUGUGCCGAAUCUGCUCUUGUAGCACUCAGAAGCAAAUAUCCUCAGAUAUAUUCUUCCAGACAAAAACUUGUGAUAGAUGUCUCCUCUUUAGUUGUAAGAAUGUGUCACUUCCGAGUAGCUAUGAGAAAAAUAGUUGCUGCUGGCCAGAGGACAGCUGCCAGUGUGGGAAGACAACUGAACUCAGUUGUGAAACCACUGCUACAGGGUGCCCUUACUCAGGCUCUUACAAUGCUGGAACAGAGUUUCCCAACUGCCUUUACUCGAUCUGGUGGCCUCACAAAACUCAGUACCACUCACAGGCCAAGAUUACUUUUAGCUGGCUUCAGAUCACAAGGUCAGAGCACUCACCUAGCUCCAGCUAUUAUACAUACACUGGAGAAAAUUCCUGUACACAAACUGGAUCUUGCUGCCCUGUAUUCCACAACAGCAAGGGCCCCAGAAGAAGCUUGUGCCCAGGUGUUCCAUGAGGCUCGGCGAAGUCUUCCCAGCAUCAUCUAUGUCCCUCGCAUUGACCAGUGGUGGAUCACAAUUUCAGAUACCUUGCGAGCAACGUUUGUGUCACUCCUCUUCGAUCUGGAACCAUCCUCUCCUCUUUUGUUCCUUGCCACAUCAGAUGUACCAUAUGAUCAACUAGAUAGUGAGGUACAGCACUUGUUCAGUGUUUACCAUGGAGAAAUGAUGUCUAUUGCAAAUCCUACGGAAGAGGAGAGAAGACUAUUCUUUAAGCCAUUGUUCUUCACUGAAAUGCUUCAAAAGCCAAAGAUUCGCCAAAACAAAAGACAGCUGGAAGUUCUCCCAGUUGCUCCUGAACCAGAGCCACGAAAGCUAAACUCCAAAGAAGUAAGGAGAAUUGAGGAGGAGGAGGAAGCCACCCUCCGAGAAUUGCGCAUAUUCCUCAGGGAAAUUUGUGCCAAACUAGCUAGGAAUAGAACGUUUUACAUUUUCACCAAACCAGUGGAUGAGGAAGAAGUGCCUGACUAUAGAGACAUCAUCAAGGAACCAAUGGACCUUGAGACUAUGAUGACAAAGAUUGAUCAGCAUGAAUAUGAAUGUGCUCAGGACUUCCUCCGUGAUAUUGACCUCAUCUGUACCAAUGCCUUGGAGUACAACCCUGACCGCAAUCCUGAAGAUAAAAUAAUUCGCCAUCGUGCCUGCACACUGCGGGACACUGCUUAUGCAUACAUUAAGGCAGAAAUGGACACUGAUUUUGAGGAAAAAUGCCGAGGCAUCAGAGACAACCGCAAGAACCGCUACCAGUUCAUUGCCAAGCCACCAGCACCAGACUUUGUUCAUGUUGCUCCCAUUAGGAAGCAAGAAGAGAACAAAAAGGUACAGCAGGAGAAUGAGGGAGAGCCACUCUCUGCCACAGAAUCUGGUCAGCACACCAAAGGUCCUCUGAUGAAAACACCAGAUUCCAUCCGCCGGAGAAAGAGAAGGUUUGCGAGUUCCUGGGCUCGUGGGGAAAUAAAGACAGCUCGGAAAAAACGCUUUGUUGAAAAGGACAGCCCUUCAAAGAAGGAAAUAAAAAAUUAUCAUGAUGAAGUCAAAACGACAGAGGAAGAAGGUGAUGAAGCUGAUCUGAAGAUAGCAGAGUGUGAUGCAAGGAGUGAAGGAGAUGUCAGUGGUCAUUCACCUUGCAAUUCUGGUGAAGGAAAAAAUUUGUCUAAAGACACAUCAACAAACAAGGCAAAAAAGAAGACUGUUGAGAUGCAGAUGGGAUCUGAGCUAAGUUUGUGCAAUGGUCACCUGAGCACUGAAGACAGCCAUGAUAGCAUGAAGGUCACUUCAGCUGCUGAUGAAUUGGCAGCACAGGCUUCAGUAAUGGCUCUUCAUGAAAGUUGUACAGAGAAGGAGAAGAUACAUGACACCACAGCUGAGGCUGAAGAUUCUGUGGUAUCAUCAUCAGAACAAGGAAGUGGCAGUGGCCAGGCAAGUUGUAAUGGUAUUACAAUUGACUGGAGCCACCUGGAAGCUGUGUUUGAGUCUUGUGUGUCAGCAACUGACACCUCAACAAUCGAUGAUCUUCUUCGUCUGCACACAAGUAUUUCCUCCCUCAUACAUACACACAUAAGGAAUAAUGAUCGUUCACAACUACUGCAGGAUACUGAAGCUGAAAUACGAAGAUUCACACAGUUUCACAAGAAAAGCUGAAAACAGUAGUGGAAUUAGUUCAUAAUUUGUAUUAUAGUAUUAUUUUUUAUUUUCACUUAUAUUAUGAGUCUGAAUAACUCUUAUAAUGACAUCACUGCUGUCAUAUAUUAUAUGUAAUGUUUUGCACCACUUCACAAUAUUCUAUAAUUCAU